AAUUUUGCCUUCAUAAAUUAGGCAUGUUGACAUUUGACACCUAAACCCAAACGGUUUACUUUCAUCUUAGAAACAAACUUUUUUGUGCAGCUAUCUAUUAGGAGUUCUAGACUACAAUCUACUGGGAUUUAAAAAAAGGAUGUAUAAUGUUUCGUAAUGAUUGCAAAUGCUGAAACUGGACACCUGAAGUGGAUACUUUUAUGACUCUUUGCUCAUUCUCCUCCCUUCACGUUCUCUCCCCAUAACAAAACGUCGCCAAAUUCCUUUAGUUUUUGGCUCUCUGCGUUGAGACAUUUUUAAGGAACAACAUGUUGUAUUGACUAAACAGGUGAAAAUCAAUAGAUAUAACCCUCUAAAGAACGAAGUGUAAGGAGGGGAAAAUAUGAAGAAAAUUAAUCUCGAUGGAUGAAAAAGAGUGAAAAGGAUAACGAAGACGAGGAGGGCGCGUAACGGGACAGCACUGAGGAAAACAAGAUUUAAAGUCAAAGAAAACUAUUGAAAUUUAUUAUUUUUGACUUGUUGGACAGCAAGGCAUAAUUUACAAACACAUUCCACCAAAAAAGUACCUUGAGAAUGGAUGGAGAAAAAGAAAAAGAGCGGGAGAGAGGAGAUGAAAAAGAGAGUGAUGAGACAGAGGAGGAUGCAGAGGGGGCAGCCUUAUUAUGGCAAGAGGGAUACCCUGAUGAUGGCCUGGGCUUACCCAUCAUGCACUGGGAGGAUCUGAGUCUCCGUAUUGCUGAACUUGAGAAGCAACAAGAGGAGCGAAGACAGAGGGAAAAGGACUUAGACAGGUUGACAGUAGACUGGCCAGAAAUCAGAGGGCUGAGCAGUCACAGAGAAACCUAUGAGGACAUGGAGGACGAUUGCAACAGUCGUCUGACUGCUCUGACAACAAGGCUUCAGAGCCAGAUGAAUCUACAGCUUUGCUUCAUCAACAACAGUGAAAGCGAAGAGGAAGAAGAGGAAAUGGAGGCAAAGAACGAGGUGGCAAAACAGUCCAUCAAGAGUGGCAGCAAUCAGAGGUUAGAGAAAGAACGUGGUUCAAGCUCUGCAUCGACUAAGAAAACCAAAUCAAGAGGGUUCAAGAAUGAUGUCAGAGCUGCACUGAGUGUACUCAGACAUAAAUUGAGAUUGGAGCACAAACAGACUAUACCUCCCAGUGAGGCUGUCAGAGAAAGGAAGCACUAUGAACGAAAUGACUUGAAGAAUUUCAGCUUGAAGGAGCUGAAAGCGCUGAGGACCUCACUAAGCAAAGACAUUCAUGACCUCAGUUCAGAGCUGGUGGGUCGACUUCUCACAAGGGACCAGCUGAGAACAGAGCAAGACGCCAUGCUGCUGGAGGUACAAGAUAUGACAUCACUCUGAUGCGCAGUCAAAAAAAAAAAAAGUAUUUCCACUAAGGAACAAAAUGAAGGGACCCUUCCUUUACAAGACUGUCCGUGAGCUGCCUGAACUAAUUGACUUUACUGUGAAAAGCUGCAGCACUCCAUCAUCACUUGAAAAAGACUUUUUCAUUAUAGAAUUUUUCUUGACAUUUUUAAGGCACCGAUGAGGAUUUAAAACUGCAGUUUACACUCUUACAGUUGCAAGAACUAACUGAUAAAGCAACAAAGCGGUAAAAGACAAUAUACAGUAUGUCAUGACAUGCUCUUUUGCUCAAUAUUACUCUAAUUUGUUUAGUGUCAAAGCCAAUUAUGCCAAGCCUCACAUGUUAAGACAUGGCUCAUUAAAUGCUAUGUGUGUGUACAUACAUUGCCAAGCAACUCAUAACUGGAUUGUUUGUGUCACUGUUUGUGAAAUACUUAAAUAUUAUUUUGUGGAAUAAAAGGGAAUUCAGUAUGAUUGUAUAUGUGUUCUGUUUUGUUGCAAUGGUAUAAUAUUGCUCUUCUAUUGUGUGUAUCUGUGUGUAUUUUGCCUAGCCAGAGUUUGUGUCAUCAAAAGGCCAGCUCAGCACUAAUAGAGGAAAGAAGAAAGAGGGAGGGACAGAUCAUAGAGCAAGAGAUGACCAAGGAGGGUUGGAUUGAGAGAAUGGUCAAAAUACUUCAAGGAACUGAUGUGAAAGGGAAAGAUUCAGGACUGAAUGACUAGACAAAGCCAUCACUGCAUCCAGAUCUUCUUCGAUUUGCUCUUCUUGAUAGUCGAAUUAGCUGUAACUGUAUUGGAAUAGAGGUGUUCCUCAGGUUUUAUUUAAUACUGAGAUUCUUUGUUUUUUCUAAAAAGGACUUUAUCGCUCUACUAAAUAGAUGUUAAACUAGACCACAAGGAGGAGAUCGCUGGAAACUCAAACAAACUUGUUC